AGCGAUAUCAGUAUCAGUAAUUCUAGCAGGCUAAAAUCAACCACAGUACUUUUACUGUUUCAAUAUUAUUUUUUUUUUAAAUUUAAAUAAUAAAUAAUACCAUGAAAAUAUAAUCAUUUUUUUUUUUUUUUAUUAUCAUUAAUAUUUUCAUGAAUGAUAAUUCUAAUAAAUAUUUAUUUAUCAAUAAUAAAACAAUAAAUAUUAUUAUCUAUUUUCUAUAAAAAUAGAAGGGAUAUUUAAAAAUUCAAUUUUCAUUUAUAUAAAUACAAAAGUAAUUAUUUAAAAUCAUUACAACUAUAAUUAUUUUUCAAUCAAAUGAAAUUCACAAAAACAAAUUAUUAAAAAAAAAAAUGUUUAAAGUUUUAUUUAUUGUAAUAUUUUUUGUCACAUCAAAUACUGAAGGAUCAAGAUGUGGUCCAUCAAUAUUUGGUCGUAUAAUAAAUGGUAGAACAACACCAAUAACUGAAAUACCAUAUCAAGUAAGUUUACAAAUAAAAAGUCGUCAUAUUUGUGGUGGCAGUAUAAUUGGUAGAGAAUGGGUAUUAACAGCUGCUCAUUGUAUGGAAAGAAAAAAUCCAGAAUCAUAUACAAUACGUUCUGGUUCAACAAGUAAUCAUGAAGGUGGUACAGUACAUACUGUUAGUAUGUUGAUAAAACAUGAACUUUAUGGUGGUAAUAAUAAUCAUCCAGUUCAUGAUAUUGGAUUAAUACGUGUUAAAGAAAAAUUUAUAUAUGAUAAGACACGUAUGCCAAUAAGAAUAUUUAAAACUGGUCAAUUAACACCAGUUGGUGAAUAUGCCAUGAUAUCUGGAUGGGGUGAAACACAUUUUGGUUUACCAAUGAAACUUCAAAUGGCAAAAGUACCAAUUAUAUCAAAAUUACAUUGUCAUCAAGCUUAUGAAGAACAAGGUGGUAUUAAUAUUAAUCAAAUAUGUGCUGCAUUUUGGGAAGGUGGUGUUGAUGCAUGCUAUGGUGAUUCUGGUGGUCCACUUGUUGUUAGAAAUAGACUUGCUGGUAUUGUUUCUUGGGCACGUGGUUGUGCUAUGCCUUGUACACCUGGUGUUUAUACUGAGGUUGCUCCAUAUUUUUUUUGGAUAGGAAAAAAAAUUGGUAAUAUAUUAGCAAGUGAAAAAAAAGAAAAACCAAAUUAAUUUAAAUAUAAAUUUUCUUUUUUUUUUUUUUCAAUAAUUAAUAUUAUUAUUAUUAUCAUGUAAAUUAAUAUAUGAAAAUGAUUAAUAAAAAAAUUAUAUUGUUAUUUGAAAAUUAUUUUUUA